AAGUUCAAAGAUUGAGUUUGUGGGGUUCAAUUUUAUAGUGUGAAGUAAUGUCACAAAGUUUGAAACAUACUAUUCCUUCACUUGGUUUUUGGAGAAGGAGUGUUAAUGUGACAACACAAAAUUCAUAUAGGAACCUUUCUUUCUGAAACUUGUUAAGUGCUUAUUAGACAAACUUUGAGUUGACAAAAAGUAUUAAAGUAGUUGCUUCAAGUGGUUGACCUGGAGGAAGAAGAAACUAUCAUCACUAUGGAAAUGGAAGGGAGGGGAUUCUCUGGCUUGUAAUGAAUAAUAAUCCCCUUUCUCCUACCCUUCUUUUCAUCUUUUGUGUCCUAUAAAACUACGAAAGCUGCUUCUACUAUUUCCCCCUAAUCCCACAAACACAAACCCGUGAAGAAGUGAUCUUAGUUCUUUACUAAUAAUACUCUUCUAUAGAAGCUGCAGAGUGCAGAUACAAACCACAAUCCAAUUCCACGCUGCUGCUUUUGAAGUUCAACAUAUAUACAUGGCUUCCACCUCUUCUACUUCUAAAAGAUCUUGCAAGUAUCAUGUGUUCCUCAGUUUUAGGGGUGAAGACACUCGCGCUGGAUUCACUAGCCAUCUCUAUGCCGCACUCACAAGGAAGGGAAUCACUACCUUCAUUGAUGACAGCAACCUUCGUAGAGGUGAUGUUAUUUCAGAUGAACUUCUCACAGCAAUUGAAGAGUCCAUGUUUGCAAUCGUUGUUCUCUCACCAAACUACGCUUCCUCCACUUGGUGCUUGGAUGAACUCCAAAAGAUACUUGAAUGCAAGCAUAAGUUGGGGCAACACGUCGAAGCAGUGUUCUACGGUGUGGAGCCUUCUGAUGUCAGGCACCAGAAAGGAACCUUCGGAGAAGCUUUCUGGAAACAUGAAUACAAAUUCGGACAAGAAAGUGACAAGGUUAGAAGAUGGAGAGAUGCAUUAACACAAGUUGCCGGUUACUCUGGUUGGACCUCCAAAAAUCAGAAUGAGGCAAUAUUGGUGGAAAACAUUUCUCAGAGUAUACAUAAAAAAUUGAUCCCAAACUUGCCUUCUUCCAUGAACAAGCUUGUAGGGAUUGAUUCAAGAGUGGAACAAGUGAUUAGUCACAUUGGUAUCGGGCUUAGUGAUGUUCGUUAUAUAGGCAUAUGUGGGAUGGGCGGCAUAGGCAAGACAACUAUUGCUAGAAUAGUAUAUGAAGCCAUCCAAAGUGAAUUUGAAGUUUCUUAUUUUCAUGCCAGCGUAAGAGAGACAUGUGAGAAAAAUGGUAUUGUUCAAGCACAAAAAGAGCUUGUUGGCCAUAUCAAUGGAAGUUCGAGUAAUUUUAAUAACGAGUAUGAUGGGAGGAGAAUAAUUCAAGCUUCUUUGUAUCGCAAAAAGGUUCUUCUUGUUCUUGAUGAUAUAAAUGAAGAAAAACAGUUGAAGAAUUUGGCCGAGGAACAAGAUUGGUUUGGUUCUGGAAGCAGAAUAAUCAUCACAACUAGAGACAUGCAUCUGCUAAAGAUACAUGAUGCAUAUAAAAUUUACAAUGUUGAAGGGUUAGGGGAAAGUGAAGCCUUUGAUCUCUUUGGUUUGAAAGCUUUUAAACAACGAAAGCCUGCAGAAGAGUAUUUGGAUUUGUCCAAACAGGCGGUCCAAUAUUGUGCUGGUCUUCCAUUGGCACUUGAGGUAUUGGGUUCCCACCUUUGUGGUAGACCCGUUAAAGAUUGGCAUAGUGCUCUUGAAAAAUUAAUGAGCUUUCCACAUGUCGGCAUUUUUGAUACGUUGAAAAUAAGUUAUGAUGGUUUAGAUACCAUGGACAAGGAUAUUUUUUUAGAUAUUGCUUAUUUUUUCAAAGGACGUUCCAAAGAUGGUGUAAUAAAAAUAUUAGAAAGGUGUGGUUAUCAUGUUGAAAUUGGCAUUGCUACUUUGAUCGAUAGAUCUCUACUCACUAUGAAUGAGAAAGGUAGGUUGGAGAUGCAUGAUUUGGUUGAAGAAAUGGGCAAACAUAUUGUAAUUCAGGAAUCUCCAAAUGAUCCUAGCAAGCGUAGCAGGUUGCGGGGUUACGAGGACAUCAAUCUUGUUCUUACUCAAAACAAGGGAACUGAAGCAACUCGUAGUAUCGUUUUACGCGAUCAGGAUUUCUAUCAAGAACAAGACAUAAUGCGCUGGAGAGAUUUAACUUUUUCAGAUAUAUGUCAGUUAAAGUUCCUCAUUUUAGAUGGCGUGGAAGCUCCAAUUCUUAGCUAUAUUCCUUGUUCAUUGAGAGUUUUGCGCUGGAGACGUUGUCCAAUGGAAACUCUCCCCUUUAUGGAUCAAGGCUGUGAGCUAGUUGAAAUUAAUCUGUCUGAUAGCUCCAGCAUUGUACAAGUAUGGCAUGGAAAAAAGUUUCUUGAAAAGCUGAAGUACUUAUAUCUGAAGUGCUUAUAUCGGCUGAAACAAAUUCCAGAUCUUUCUGAAGCUCCCAAUCUUGAAAUACUUGACGUUCAAUGUUGUGAUGAACUGAAUGAUUUUCCCUCGAAUCUCACACGCCACAAGAGCCUUGUUAAACUUAUUUUAUAUCGUUGCUCAAGUCUCGAAACUCUUGCGAGUAAAUUGGAGAUGAAUUCCCUCAAGGAACUGGAUCUUGGUUUCUGCACAAGUAUGAGGAAACCUCCAGAAUUUGGAGAAUGCAUGAAACAUUUAUCAGUUCUUUCUUUGUGGGGAACAGCCAUAGAAGAACUACCCACAACGGUUGGCUGUUUAGUUGGCCUAAAGGAGUUGCGCUUACAGCAUUGCCAAAGGCGUACUUGCCUUCCAGACAGCAUUCAAAAGUUAAAAUUUCUCACAUUUUUUAAUCUUUCUUACUGUCCAAAUGUCUUUCAAUCUUUGCAUUCUCUAUUUGGUCUGACCUCAUUGGAUACUCUGAUAUUAUCGGGGUGUUUUGUCACAUCUCAAGAGUCGUGGUCUUACAAUCUUGGCAACUUAGUGUCUUUGACGGAUUUGGAUUUAUCACAUAACAAUUUUGUAAGGGUUCCAAUAAAUAUCCAUAAGCUCCCCAGGCUUAGACAUCUGAAUCUAGACUACUGUCCUAGUCUGAAGGUCUUACCAGAACUUCCAUCAAGUAUAAGAGAGCUAAAUGCACGAGAUUGUGCAUCACUGGAUACAUGGCAUUCGAAUGUGAUAUCAAAGGUGUGUUGUGGCUUUGCAGCAUCAGCUAACCAUGAUUCUGAUGGGCUCUUGCAUAUGUGGGUUGCACAGAAUGAAGGGGACGAAAUUCCAUUGUGGUUUGUCCAUCAAGAACAGGGUAAUGGAGUAUCAGUCACAUUGCCACAUAAUGAAACAAUGGCACUUGCUCUCUGUUUCCGAUUAUGCCCAAGGAGAAGUAGUCGUAAUUAUGUGGUAAAUUUGCCAGUGAUUUGCAAUGGCAAGGAAUUCAUUAAAAAGCAUUUAACUGUGUUGCGUGAAACUAAAAAUUCUCAGCAUUUCAUCCUUUGCUCGAGCAGUGACUAUUUUGUUGACCAAUUUUGCCGAGACUAUCGCUUUGAACUGGUAUUUCCUAGUAACGUUGAAAUGAAAGCACAUAGUUCUGGGGCUCGGUGGGUGUGCAAGCAAGACAUCCAGGAUUUGAAGAACAGUGGGACUGAAACAUCAAAAAGAAAAGCAACUUUUGAUCUGAACAUGAACAUCACCCCACCUUCUUCUCCUUGUAGGAAAAAGAUGUUCAUGGUUACCCCUUCGUCUGUGUCUCCACUGGAGGAGGAAGAGGAAGAGUAAGCUGCCACUGCGGAGAAAGGGAUCUUUGUGUACCCUGUUCCCUUUGCAUUCCCAUAUCCUUAUAGCUCUUGACAGAGGUUUUUCUAUAAACCUAUAUUACAUGUAUCAUUGCUAAGUCUAAAACUCGAGCUAUAUGGUUCUCCAAAUCUGAAGCUUUUGCAAAGAGCUCAUUGCAUGCAUCCAACAGUAAAAAACAGAACAAGUGAAGGACUUGGAUAUAUUUGAAGCUGAUCAGAGUGGUUCUUUAGGGGGUGUCAUGAAUGCAAAGAGGAUCUUGUGUGCAUCAAAUCUGGGCAUCUUUUUUGUAUGCAGAAUUUGUCUAUUGAAGCGGUUCUUUACGCCACUUUCCUGUUUAGUUCAACUGGCUUCAGUUUGUCCUCAAAAUUCAGCAUGGAGUGAGAUUCGGCAAGCAUAACAAGUCAGAUUUAUGUUCAUUACAGAGGGAAGAGGAAAAUCUGCAGUCAGUCCCGCGCCUUUGUUGCGCUCGUCGUCGCCGGAGGCAGAAGCAGCAGGUCCCAGGGCUUCCUCGUCGCCGUCAGCUUCCUCCCCGCCGUCAGCUUCUUUCGUGCAACCAGAAGCUGGUCCCAAUUUGGUGGUCGUCCUAAUUUUGCGCAAGAUUCGUCGGUGAUUUGCAACGAUGGUGUUUCCAAAUCAACACCAUCAUCUACAUUAGGUGGUGACUCUGCAUUAUCAACUCUCUUACCCUUCUCCACAAGGCUGUCGUCCUGUCGGCUUUGAUGUUGUCCACCUUCAAGGACAGAAGCCAAGAAACCUCGUGAAGUCCACCCCAUUUUUCCAGUGCACAAGCAAUAUCGUACCGGCCUGCAGCAAAUUCCAUGAAUAACACUCAUUUUUUCAGGGUUGUGUCGAUUUUCACCUUUGAAGAAGGAAGAUAUUGGAGAUUAGCAAAUUCAAUCAGUUUCAGCUCAGCUUGGUUUGCCAUAGGGACAUGAUCUGCCAUUUUAGCAUCUUGAAAACUAUGAGAGAAAUGGGUGUCUUCUCACGUGUGAAGCCAUCUUGUUAAUCAGCUAUCUUACAGGGAUGAGGAGUUGGAUGCUAUUAUACUCUCUGCUUGUACAGCAAUCUUACAUCUGAAGCACUUAAAUGACUUGAACAUUCUUGAAAAUCAAGCUGUUAUUGAUAACUUGAGGAUUGUUUCGUAGCUUGCACUUUUCAUGUCAGAUCAUUUUGGAAGCAGUAGUAGAAGUGCUGUUGUAAAAAGGACACAGAAGUCUGUGCCUGCUUCAAACUACAAGAAGCCUUAUGUAUGUGCUCAACUGAGAGCAACACUGAUAUAAGUGAAAACAGUGAUUUGUUGUGUUAUUUUGGUGUGCUGAUCAAUUUUCUCAAAGAAUGCUGAGGCAGGUGGUGGUUCAACUUGACCCUGCACCUGGAUGCAUAUGCCUUUUGUAUUCACUUUGGAGGAAUGAAAUACAAAUGCCAUUUUAUGAUUUUUGUACUUUUUUUAA